UCCUGAUAUCGAUCCUUAUAAAUUAACAUUUAUUUACGUUUUUCUGCUACUUCUUUAAUAUAUUUUAUAUUAUAUUACGCGAUGAAAAAAAGCAUUUGUAGUUUUUAAGUUUAUAUGACAGAGUGUUCAGCACGUUUAAAAUGAAUGUUGAAAUAUGUGUAGCCUCUAGCCUGCUAACGUUAGUUAUCCAAAUCUCCGCCUGGAUACCAAUGACGCUUAAUGCUGUUGCUGAGAUUACAGACCAAAUGCAAAAAUGACAAAAGAAGUCGAGUUUCUUCAAGAUCAAGUGAAUCAUCUAAACUCUGUCCUGGGUCAAUAUCAGGAUGAAGUUCCUCCUCCUUCCUCAGUAUCACAGACUGGUGAUCUUGUCAUGGAAUCUGCAGUUCCCUGGCGCUCAGACAGAGGUCUAAUGGCUCCUCCAAUUGAAGAAUAUGACCGACACAUACAACAAAUGGAGAUGCAGCUCAAGUUCUAUCAGAGGCAGAUGACAGACGUCACUGCCAGCCUGGAGCAGGUGGUUAAGGAAAAUGAGCGGCUUCAUGCAGAGCAGAAAAUGUCCAUUGAAAAGCAGUUGCAGUCUCUGUCCGCUGGAACAGGAGGAGAUGUGACAGUGGACGCAGUCACCAUUAGCAAUCUAGAGGAGCAGGUCAAGUGUGCCAUUGAGGAGAAAGAAUGUGCUCUUCAAAUGUGGCAGACAGCUUCGCAAGAGUUGGAUCGACUUCAGACCCAGCACCAGAGCUCCAUGAGUGAUGGACAAAUACACGCAGUUGAACGGCAGCACAUGCAGACCAAUCGGCAGUUCCUGAAAACGGUGGCAGAACAGAGCAGUGAGCUGGAGGAGUUACGCAGCCAACUCAGGCAUGCAAAGCUCAAGCAGAGAUCUGCUCUGACUAAAGUGGAGGAGAUGACCAGACUCCUGCAGAAUGUCCAGAAUCAGAUGCAGAGGAGGGAAGAGGAUGCAGCAGAAGCAUCUGAUCAGAGACUACAACAGCUACAAGCAGCAUUGAAGCUGCUAGAGGCCAGACUUCAAGCUGCAAUGCAGGAGUCUGAGUCAGUGCACAGGAAGCAGACGGAUAGUGAGCGGCAAGCGGGAGACCUGCAGGGUCGCUGCGCCUCUCUGGAAGAGGAGAAAUUUGAAGCCCUCAGUCGCCUCCGUAACUCCAUCCAGCUGGCUGAGGAGGCCUCGCUUCAGAGAGAGCAGGCUCAGCUGAGGGAGAAACAGAGAGCAGAAGAGCUGGAGAAGAUGAAAGAUGCCAUGAAGCAGCUGAUCCAGGAUGCUGCCAUGCUCACCAGGAAAGAGGUUGAUAGUGUCCGUAAGCAGUGUAACGUUCAGAUUCAUCGAAUGGCUGAGGAGCUCUCUGCCUUGCAACUGGAAUGUGCUGAUAAAGAAACACAGAUUGAAAGAGCCCACCGGGAAAGAAAAGCUGUGGAAGAGGAGCUGGAAAAGGUCUAUAAAGAGGGCCGAGUUGGAGAGCCUGAGAUGAGGAAGAUGCAAGCUCUACAUCAGAGAUGUAUAAAUGCUGAGCGACUGAAGGACGAAACACAACUCACACUCAACAGCACAAAAAACAAGAUGAAGAAGAUGGAGUUGGAGUAUUCGGAGGAGCUGUCACGCUGUCAGGAGGAGGUGCGGAGGCUGCAGUCCGGGCUGACGAGUGCAAGAGAGGAGAGCACAGCUGUCAGUGAAGAGAGACUCCUGCUGCAGCAGGAGAACCAGCAGCUGCACAGAGACAUGGAAGCACUGCGCAAAGAGUGUGCGCUGGCUCAGAGACGUGCCAAACAUCAGGUGUCUUCCAUGCAGCAGGAGCUGUGUGUGAAGGAGCAGGGUUUGGAGUCCAGGCUGAGAGAGAUGGAGGAGAGCAGUAAAAACUCCAGCGCUGGUAUGACCAGACUGCUGCUCGCUCAACAGAAAACCAUCAGCCGCUACAAAGACGAGGCCAAGAACCUCACACAGGCUUUCCAGCAGAAACUCGGCAGCCUCAGGUCAGAGCUGAACAGACAGAAACAGCGUGCUCAGGAACUGGAGAUUCAGAUGGAAUCUGAUCAUCAGAAGAUAUUGGAGUAUGAGAGGCAGGUUUCAGAGCAGCAGGAGAAGAACAUGCGUCUACAGAGUUGUCUUACUCAGGCAGAGCAACGUGCAGCCAGUGCAUCACAACAGGUAUACACUCCACACUGGAUAUUUACACACUUCCUGCCUGUUGAAUGCAACCGAGGCCGCUCACUUUGUCAGCAACCUUGGUUCUGGAAGUCAUUGUCCUACUGGGAUUUUAAAAAGCAUUCAUUUUAGAAUUAUAAGUCGUGACCCCAACCCUAAUGGCUACAAGGGCGAUCACUACAUUACAGACUUUGAUUUGAAACAAAAAAAGAUAAUUUUUAAUUUAAUAGUUCACAAUGCUCAUACACAACCAGAGUGGAUGUGGGUGGGCGCUAUAUUGUUCACUUUAAGCAUGAUUUAAAAUUCUCUGAUUUGUGGAGAUUUUUUAUUUUUUUUUGCAUAGUUUUCCACCAGGAAUUCUACUGUUGAACAGUCAACUUUCAAGGUUUUAGUUAUCGUUAAAAAUCAGUUUCCCUGAUAGAGAAUCUGAAUGGGAUUUUCACUAUGGUACUCUAGAGCUGCUGGAUUGAGGGGUGCAUAGAAUUCCUCUAAACUGCUUUUACUGUUUCAGCUGAGUGUGAUAUCACAACGGAGAAAAGCUGCAUCCAUGAUGGAUCUUGAGACUUUAUCGUAGAUGGAUAUCAUCAUCUUCAAAAAAGAAUCAGCCUGGUCAGUUUGCUGUUGGGAUUAACAAGUGUUUAGUCUCAAAAGAUUUCACUGGCAGGAUUACCCAUGUGUUCAUUGACUAUUAAUUUAAUAAAAAGAUUUAAAUAAACUGAUGGAAUCACUGCAUGUUGAAUGUAAUAUCCUGUAGGAUUUUGUAUCAAAGAUGGCCUGUGACAAGUUACUACCAAGCCAAAGUAUACCACAUAUUUUAUUGUUCUGGUUAGCCAUUCUAAGAACUGACCAUUAAAUACAGUCAUUUAUGCCAAA